GAGCCCACCGCCUUCGCCCCCGCCUUCGUCCGGCUGAGCCCAGUGCUUGCACUCCCUGCGAGGGAGCUGUGGCCGGGGAUGCCCUAGUGGGAGGCUCUGGUCCUUGCCUUUCAGGAAAGUGCCUAGCCAUCACGCGGUGCUCACACCCACCACCUACCCUCUUUCUAGGCACCGCGCGAAUUUUCUUUUCCUUUUCUUUUCUUUCUUUUUUAAAUUUUUCCUUUUCCUUUUUUUUUUUUUUCUGUCCGUGAAGUAACUUUUGCAUUCCCGCCUCCCCCCGGUCCCAGGGACCAGAGGCGGUGCCGAGCCUGGGGGCGGUUCCUUGGCAGCGCUGGUUCGAGUCGCAGCCAGACUUUUGCUCCUGGGCUCGGUUUGCAUCAUCCCCAUCACACCCUUGGGGAAGAGGAGCCACCCCUUUCCAGCCUCAGCUUCCGGCCGAACGACCCCUCCCCCUCCGGGUCCCCCAAGCCCUUCUCCCACCCUCCCCAGCACGGCACCCCCUCCGCAGUGCUUGCUACCCCUCUUUGCCCUCCUCCAUCCCUCCAUCCCUUGUUGGAUGUUGCCCACUCCUUAAGGAAGGAUGGUUGAUUUGGAGAGCGAAGUGCCCCCUCUGCCUCCCAGGUACAGAUUCCGGGAUUUGCUGCUAGGGGACCAAGGCUGGCAAAAUGAUGACAGGGUCCAAGUUGAAUUCUACAUGAACGAAAACACAUUUAAAGAGAGAUUAAAACUGUUUUUCAUAAAAAACCAGCGAUCAAGUCUAAGAAUCCGCUUGUUCAACUUUUCCCUGAAGUUGUUAAGCUGCUUAUUAUAUAUUAUCCGUGUGUUGCUUGAGAAACCGUCACAGGGAAGUGAAUGGUCUCACAUAUUUUGGGUUAACCGAAGUCUACCUUUAUGGGGUUUACAGGUCUCAGUGGCAUUGAUAAGUCUAUUUGAAACAAUACUCCUUGGUUAUCUCAGUUAUAAGGGAAAUAUCUGGGAGCAGAUUUUACGAAUUCCAUUCAUCUUGGAAAUAAUCAAUGCAGUCCCCUUCAUCAUCUCAAUAUUCUGGCCCACCUUAAGAAAUCUAUUUGUUCCAGUUUUUCUAAAUUGUUGGCUUGCCAAACAUGCCUUGGAAAAUAUGAUUAAUGAUCUCCAUAGAGCCAUUCAGCGUACACAGUCUGCAAUGUUUAAUCAAGUUUUGAUUUUGAUAUCUACUUUACUAUGCCUUAUCUUCACUUGUUUUACAGACAAAACAAGAAAGCACAUGUAUCAUGUGACUUUGGGAUUUACUGAAACUUUGACAUUUUCUCAAAGCAUUUGUGGGAUUCAGCAUCUAGAACGAAUUGGCAAGAAGCUCAAUCUCUUUGACUCCCUUUAUUUCUGCAUUGUGACAUUUUCUACUGUGGGCUUUGGGGAUGUCACUCCUGAAACAUGGUCCUCCAAGCUCUUUGUCGUUGCUAUGAUCUGCGUUGCCCUUGUAGUACUCCCUAUACAGUUUGAACAGUUGGCCUAUUUGUGGAUGGAGAGACAAAAGUCAGGAGGAAACUACAGUCGACACAGAGCUCAGACAGAGAAGCAUGUUGUCCUGUGUGUCAGCUCCUUGAAGAUUGACUUACUUAUGGAUUUUCUAAAUGAGUUCUAUGCGCAUCCAAGACUACAGGAUUAUUACGUGGUGAUUUUGUGUCCCACGGAGAUGGAUGUGCAAGUUCGGAGAGUACUACAGAUUCCAAUGUGGUCCCAGAGAGUGAUCUACCUUCAAGGCUCUGCCCUUAAAGACCAGGAUCUCCUGAGAGCAAAGAUGGACAAUGCUGAGGCCUGUUUCAUUUUGAGUAGCCGCUGCGAAGUGGAUAGAACCUCAUCUGAUCACCAAACAAUCUUGAGAGCAUGGGCUGUGAAAGAUUUUGCCCCAAAUUGUCCUCUGUAUGUUCAGAUAUUAAAACCAGAAAACAAAUUCCACAUCAAAUUUGCAGAUCAUGUUGUUUGUGAAGAAGAGUUUAAGUACGCCAUGUUAGCUUUAAACUGUAUAUGCCCAGCAACAUCUACACUCAUUACACUACUGGUUCAUACCUCUAGAGGGCAGUGUGUGUGCUUGUGUUGCAGAGAAGGGCAGCAGUCACCUGAACAGUGGCAGAAGACUUACGGGAGGUGCUCAGGAAACGAAGUCUAUCACAUCGUUUUGGAAGAAAGUACAUUUUUUGCUGAAUAUGAAGGGAAGAGUUUUACCUAUGCUUCUUUUCAUGCCCACAAAAAGUUUGGUGUCUGCUUGGUUGGUGUUAGGAGGGAGGAUAAUAAAAACAUUUUGCUGAAUCCAGGUCCUCGAUACAUUAUGAAUGCUUCAGACAUAUGUUUUUAUAUUAAUAUUACCAAAGAAGAAAAUUCAGCAUUUAAGAAUCAAGACCAACAGAGAAAAAGUAAUGUGUCAAGGUCAUUUUAUCAUGGGCCUUCCAGAUUGCCUGUCCACAGCAUCAUUGCCAGCAUGGGUACUGUGGCUAUAGACUUGCAAGACACAAGCUGCAGAGCAACAAGUGGCCCCACCCUGGCUCUUCCUUCAGAGGGAGGCAAAGAAUUAAGAAGACCUAGCAUUGCUCCUGUUUUAGAGGUGGCAGAUACAUCAUCAAUUCAAACAUGCGAUCUCCUAAGUGACCAGUCCGAAGAUGAAACUACACCAGAUGAAGAAACAUCUUCAAAUUUAGAGUAUGCCAAAGGCUACCCACCUUAUUCCCCAUACAUAGGAAGUUCACCUACUUUUUGUCACCUACUUCAAGAAAAAGUGCCAUUUUGCUGCUUAAGAUUAGACAAGAGUUGCCAGCAUAACUACUAUGAGGACGCAAAAGCCUAUGGAUUCAAAAAUAAACUAAUUAUAGUUGCAGCUGAAACAGCUGGAAAUGGACUAUAUAAUUUUAUUGUACCUCUCAGGGCAUAUUAUAGACCAAAGAAAGAAUUAAAUCCCAUAGUUCUGCUAUUGGAUAACCCGCCAGAUAUGCAUUUUCUGGAUGCAAUCUGUUGGUUUCCAAUGGUUUACUACAUGGUGGGCUCUAUUGACAACCUAGAUGAUUUGCUCAGGUGUGGAGUGACCUUUGCUGCCAACAUGGUGGUGGUGGACAAAGAAAGCACCAUGAGUGCAGAGGAAGACUACAUGGCAGAUGCCAAGACGAUUGUGAAUGUGCAGACUCUGUUCAGGUUGUUUUCAAGUCUCAGUAUCAUCACUGAGCUUACGCAUCCAGCAAAUAUGAGAUUCAUGCAAUUCAGAGCCAAGGAUUGUUACUCUCUCGCGCUUUCAAAACUGGAAAAGAAAGAAAGAGAACGAGGUUCUAACUUGGCCUUUAUGUUUCGACUGCCUUUUGCUGCGGGAAGAGUGUUCAGCAUCAGUAUGUUAGACACCCUUCUUUAUCAGUCAUUUGUGAAAGAUUAUAUGAUUUCUAUCACCAGACUUCUUUUGGGACUGGACACCAUACCAGGAUCGGGGUUUCUUUGUUCUAUGAAAAUCACUGAAGAUGACUUGUGGAUCAGAACGUAUGCCAGACUCUAUCAGAAGUUGUGUUCUUCUACUGGAGAUGUUCCCAUCGGGAUCUACAGAACAGAAUCUCAGAAACUAACGACAUCUGAGUCUCGAGAAAUAGGAUCUCAAUCUCAAAUAUCCAUUAGUGUGGAAGAGUGGGAAGACACCAAAGAUGUCAAAGACCCAGGGCACCACCGCAGCCUUCACCGCAACUCAACGUCUAGUGACCAGUCGGACCAUCCCUUGCUGCGGAGGAAGAGCAUGCAGUGGGCCCGAAGGCUGAGCAGAAAAGGGCCGAAGCACUCUGGUAAAACUGCAGAAAAAAUAACUCAACAGCGACUGAACCUCUACCGGAGAUCCGAAAGACAGGAGCUUGCUGAACUUGUGAAAAACAGAAUGAAACACCUGGGCCUCUCGACGGUGGGCUACGAUGAAAUGAAUGAUCAUCAGAGCACCCUGUCCUACAUCCUGAUUAAUCCGUCUCCAGACACCAGGCUUGAGCUGAAUGAUGUUGUAUAUUUGAUCCGACCAGAUCCACUGUCCUACCUUCCAAACAGUGAACCCAGUAGGAAAAACAGCAUCUGCAAUGCCGCUGUUCAAGAUUCUCGGGAGGAAACUCAACUCUGAUGAAAAGAAAAUAAGAGACAUUGUAGUCCUUGCAGGGAUCUUGCUUAAAAUCAUUAAAAUGUUGCAGACAGUCCUAAGAGCCUGACUGGAAUGUAUUCAGUUUCUCAUGUUACUUCUAUUUAAAAAAUAAAAUCUAUUCUCUUAGAAGUACAGAUCAUUUUGAAACUUAAUGUGAUAUUUGUUGACAUUUUCCUGGCUAAUAUUUAAAAUUCAUUGGAAAAGAUUUUCAAAAUUAAUAUAAAGUGCAGAAGUUAAAAAUCUAAUAUUUAGUUGUUUAGGAAUAAUCACAAGUAUCGGCAGUCAAUUUUAAAGCAUUAUUAAGACUGUAUGAACAUUUAAAAAUCCACCUAUAUUAAGUACAUCACAAGAACACAGAGGACUGAUUUUCUUUUUAUAAUUUAAUAUGUCAUUAUAUUGUUUAAAAUUGCUGUCUCUAAAAUUGAACCCAUUAAGAAUUAAUGCUUAUCAUUAUGGAGAGAUUAUCCAUUAACUUUCAUGGCUGACUUCUGUCUAGGCAUCAUAGUUUGCUUCAGAAUAGAUCUUUAUCAUCAUGUCUGCCUUUCCAUACUAUUGUAUUUAUUUUAGAAACUGAGAUAUACAUAGCAUGAUUACUUUUACAGAAGAAACUAAAAGACAAAGGAAUAUUAAGCACCUGAGGGGUUUUUGUUUGAUUGAUUGUUUGUUUUUGGUAACUUUACAUCAAAUACACAUUUUAUGCUAGAAAAAGUGUACUUAAUAGGAAUUAUUUUUGUUUUCCUAAAGAAAAUGCCUAAUAUAGAGAAAACAAUACAUAUCUUUACAGCUUAUUUGAAUGUGAGAAUUGGAAUAUUACCUGUAUAUAUCAGAUGAGCAGUGAUGACUUCUAUAACUGUUGGCUUUAAUAUUUUUCAUUUAGCUAUAUAAUAAAAUUCACUAGGAAAAUCAUUUAAAGUUGAAAGAAAAAUAUUUAUAUAUUUUAUGAACCACAAGGACACUUUAAAACCUUAGGAAUUAUAAAAAUGUCUUUGAUAUUAGAUACUCACAAUCAAAGUCUGAUUUAAUGUAAAAAUUAAUAAAAUGUGUCUAUACUUAGCAUUGUAAGGAAAAACAUCAUUACCAUAGAUAUUUAUUAUAUUUGAAAUCUAAUAUGAAUUGUUCAGAAUUUGAAACAUAAAUUUAAUAUAACCUGACUAUUGAAACACUAAUACUUUUAGCUUUAUUCCCUAAAUUUGAUUUCAUAAACAUGCUAAAAUUUGCAAGAGAAUUAACACAUACACAGUUUGCCAAAUCAUAUCAAAUCUUCCCAUUGGAGAUAUAUUAGUACACUUAAAAUACCUAAUAUUCUGAUUUUUAUCUAUUUCUUUAUUCAUAAAGUUGGCACAGAGUCACAAUGCAACCUAAAGUAGUUCAUGUAAGAAACAGAAUAUUUUGUCCUUUCUUCUCAUACUAAAGUGGAUCAUAGAAAAGUAAAAUAAAUUAUUUGAAAAAUGAAUCCUUAUGUCCUUCCCAUUAUUAUAGAGAAAAAUAGAAAGAUAAAAUGUAAAAUCAAAUCUUCAGGCAAUCUUACAAUUUGACCAGAGAAUAUUUUUUAUUAGUACUAGUUGUUAUUACCUAUAAUUGAGAAUAAGAAAAAUAUGGAAAGUUCCCUCAAAACAGAGAGAUGCUCUCUAGUGUUUAGAAAAGUAUGGUAGAACAAGUUGCUUAUAAUUGAGAGUGAGAGCAUGCCUUAAAUGUCAUGAUGGUAUGUGAAUAUGUGUGUAUGUUGCAAACAGGAAAUGCACUUGUAAACAUACGACAUGAUGUUAAAAUUGAAAGCAGGACUGAACUAACGUAUUCAAUAUUGAAUAUGUAGAUAUCAGUAGUCAAGUAGGAUAUUUCUUUAGAUUGCCACUUUUUUUAUUCCAGUUGUUUUAGGAAUAAAUGUCAGAUUUUAAAAGUCUUCUAUUUCCCAAUGAUCUCUGAAGUUUAGUAUUUUUGCACUAUGACAAUUGCUAAGACUGGGAUUUUAAGCUAGGAUAUGAUUAUAUUUCCUAUAAAACUAAAACUUUUAUUUCAUAAAUUUUAAAAUAAUUAUUUUUGAUUAUGAAUACUAGUCCAAAUUUAAUAUUUGACAGAAUUCGUAUUGCUUGCUAUAACAAGGAUAGUUUAUAGUCUUUCCAGUUAUUUAAUGAAUAAAUGACGUUUAUUAAAAACAUUCAACAAAUUGUUGCCUUUUUAAAAUUAUCACACUUGCACAUGAAGAUAAAACAUGAAGUAAUUGUGCUGGUAGCCUUUUGGGAAUUGGUUUGGUUUAUUGUAUAUGUACCAUUUUGCUACCAGUUUCAUUGAAUUGAUUUAAAAAUAAAUAAAUAAUAAAAUUAUUUCUGAUGAUGAAAAUUCCUUGUUUUUUUUUUUAAUAACAGAACUUUGGACAAAUUCUGUUUUGAAACUGUAAAAGUAUUUUGUCAUUUUUAUAUCUCAAACACCAAAUAAAUGUGAAAGUUAUUCAUUUGAGAGGCAAAUUAAAAUAAAUUUAAUUCUGCAGCCUGUGGAUAAAUACUGCAGGAAAGAAGAAGGGAAACGAGGAGGAGAGAGAGAAAAGAGGUACACAAUAGGAAGGAAACUAUAAAGAGGGUGUGGAGAGGGAAAAUGUAAGCACCAAAAUAAAAACAUAUUUUAAAAAAGAGUGUGUUAGGUCCUAUUAUGUUCAAUUAUAAAUUCAGAAAAAAAUCACCAUGCAAGUGAAAAUUAAAAUUGUUUUAAACAUUGGAUGGUCUUUUCUUUGAGGCAAAUAGUAGACACCAUUCUCCCUGUUUCUGCUGCUAUGGGAUGUAUUUGAUGAGAACAUAGAUUUCGCCAUGGGGAUACAAGUAGAAACAGAACCAUGGCAAAGUGGGCCAUUGAGACCCCUGAGAUUUUGUUUUGUCUCCCAUAAUCCUAUUCAUGAUGUUGAGAAACUUAAUGGACAUAGACAGUCCCUGGAAAGCAUAUUCUGUCCUCUCUAAAAACUAACUCCUGAAGCAAAGUGAUGUUGCAGGAUCCAGACUACUCAGGCAGCUUUGGCUUUUGCAAGAUGGUGUAUGCUUUGGACAAGGGGUUUUGCAAUGUACAGUGGUUGGCACACAGUGGCUUAAAGAAGCUGUCACAGUGAGGUAGGCCUUAGGGAAAGUGUUGCGGAUGAAGUAUGCCUCAGAAAAACUUUUCCCUAGAACCUUGAAUCAGAAUUUUAGUGAGUACAUCUACAAUAGCAAAGUUGUGACUGCUUUCCUUGGUAUGAGAUCCUACAGUGCUGCCUUCAAGUGAACCUAGAACUAGUUUGAGGGCUUUCCCCCAGAAACCUUUAUCUUGACCCUGAAGCUGUGGAUACUGCUUAUAUAGUACUUCAAGGUUUUCAUAUUCUCUUUGCUAACCAGUCUGUUUUUACUCCAAGGUCCCCUUAGGAGUUAAUUCUUCCCCACCAGCAUUUUUCCAUGCUCCUGAGAGGUUUCUUGACCAUCACAAUGAAGAUUGACUAGGGGAUAAAACUCCUUUAUAUCAAAGGAGAUUAAUUUAUGAUACUAUCUAAGAGGAAAAUGAGGAAAAACAAAACAAAACCCUCAAGGGACACAUAAAAUAGUAAAAUCAAAGUACAGAAAAAUGGGACAUGAACAUGGAAUGGAACAGAGUCACAGUUCACAGUUCUGUUUAGAGUUGUACAUAUGCCAAGAAAAGCAACUCAUAGAAUUUACUAUAAAGGAUUUCAGAACCAAGAUCAUUACUCCAGAGAGGAGUAAUAAGUUCACAUAAGAACGUCUUCUUUAAAAAUGCCAUUGGAGUUCACAAAAGGAUACAGUACACUGCUUGGACCCUUGGCAUUCAAAUGCUUGGGAGGAGCAUUUUGUGCGGAGUUUGAUAUUCCUGCUUAGGACUCUACUGCUGCUCCUAUUGAUGCUUUGGACUACUACAUAAGAACAGAUAUUCCUUGAACAGUGACAGACACAACAGAAAAUUACCAGAUAAUAUAUGGACUAAAGAGAAAUAUUUUAGGCAAUUGCAUUUAUUUUUAAGUCUUUGCUAUGUUGAAAAACUGUCAUCUGGGACCUGAUUUUAUUAUUUUUUUUGUUUAUCCUUAUUAUACAGAAUCUGAAACAGUUUUGCUGCAUGCUAAUUGCUUUGUUAACAAAAUAGAAUUUUGCGACUUUUUUUCUGUGCACUUAAAAGCAAUACAGUAGUCUACAUAUUUAUUGGACUUAACUUUCCUUAUUACUAUUGCAGUUUAAAUCUAUAUAAAAUAAAAUAUUAUAAUAAAGUCA